AUGAUCUAUUCACAUGUUCUUGAUCAUUUGAUCCUGCUACUUCAUUAUCUUGUCUGUCUGUCUGUUGAGGAAAGAUGUAUCCCUCAUUCUCUCAUUCUCUCUCACUCUCUCACUCUCACUCUCUCUCACUCUUUCACUCUCUCUCUAACUCUCUCUCUCACUCUCUCUUUCACUCUCUCUCUCACUCUCUCACUCUCUCUCUCAGUCUCACUCUCUCACUCUCUCUCACUCUCUCUCACUCUCUCACUCUCUAUCUAUCUUUCUACGUACACAUACAUAUAUAAACAUUUUCUACAGCCUCAUUCUCUCAUUCUCUCUCACUCUCUCUCUCACUCUCUCUCUCUUUCACUCUCUCUCUCACUCUCUCUCUCUCAGUCUCACUCUCUCACUCUCUCUCACUCUCUCUCACUCUCUCACUCUCUCUCACUCUCUCACUCUCUCUCUCUCUCUAUCUAUCUUUCUACGUAUCGUUUCUCUUUCUUUAUCUAUUUAGUUGGUGCAUAA